UCGAUUUAAAUACAGCUCGUAUGGAGCACUGCCCAUGGGGUCAGUGUCUUCCAUCGCGAGGCAGGCAGUGGGAACGGUGAGAAAAUAGAUUCCACUCCUCUUGCCACUGUUGUUUUCCCUUUCCCCCCCUUUUUUUCCCAAGUAAAAGGUGAACUGCGGACGACACAAAGAUGGCUCCCGUGGCUGAUGCGCAGGUGUCCGGAAGACGAGCUCAGCUCGCUGGUCCUUCGGGAUUCCGUGGCCUGCUGGCAAAUGGACAGACGACGGCAAUUGCAUUUUUUGCAUCCCUGGGAGGUUUGGUCUAUGGGUACAACCAGGGAAUGUUCAGUCAGGUCUUGACCAUGACCUCUUUUAUCAACCGCACAAAUGGAUAUGCAGCUCAAACCGGAACAGCCCAGGGUCUGAUGACCUCUAUUCUCGAAUUGGGUGCCUGGCUGGGUACUUUGUUUAACGGAUACUUGGCCGAUGCGGUUGGACGUCGAGUGUGCGCCCUGAUUGCCUGUGUCGUCUUCAUGGUGGGAGUCAUCGUCCAGGCCUGUACUGAGAAUAAGGACUACGUUUUUGCUGGUCGUUUCGUCACUGGUCUGGGUGUAGGAAGUUUGAGUAUGAUUGUGCCUCUUUACAACGCAGAGUUGGCUCCCCCUGAAAUUCGAGGAUCGCUUGUCGCCGUGCAGCAGCUCGCCAUCACUUUUGGAAUUAUGGUCAGCUUCUGGAUCGGAUAUGGUACAAACUAUAUCGGUGGAACUGGACAAGGACAAUCCGACGCAGCCUGGUUGGUGCCGGUCUGCAUUCAACUGGCUCCCGCCCUCCUCUUGGCUGCGGGUAUGAUCCUCUUCAUGCCGCAGUCACCAAGACAUCUGAUGAACCAGGGUCGCGAAAAGGAGUGUCUAGAGACCCUAGCCAAGCUCCGACGGACAUCGCCCGAUGACCUGCUUGUGCGCAUCGAGUUCCUUGAGGUGAAGGCCAUGCGCCUCUUCGAAAUCGAAACAUCUACCAAAAAGUAUCCUCAAUGGCAGGACGGAUCGUUCAAGAGCCGCUUCAUGAUCGCCUUCAACGACUACCUAUCUCUCGUGACGAACAAGUCGCUCUUCAAGCGCACGAUUGUUGCUUGUUUGAUCAUGACCUUCCAACAGUGGAAUGGUAUCAAUGCCAUCAACUAUUAUGCUCCGUUCAUCUUCAAAGGAUUCGAACUCAGCGGUAACACUACCUCACUCCUGGCUACUGGAGUAGUUGGUAUCAUCGAAUUUGUCUUCACCAUCCCGGCCGUGCUCUGGGUCGACCGCUUCGGUCGAAAGAAGAUUCUCCUUGCGGGUGCUAUCGGCAUGGCCUCGUGUCAUUUCAUCGUUGCUGGUAUUAUUGGUGCAUACUCCAGCGACUGGCAGAACCACCGCGCCGCAGGAUGGGUUGCUGUUGCUUUUGUGUGGAUUUUCAUCGCCAACUUCGCGUAUUCCUGGGGUCCUUGUGCAUGGAUCGUGAUUUCUGAAAUCUUCCCCUUGAGUAUGCGAGCCAAGGGCGUCAGUCUUGGUGGCAGUGCCAACUGGCUGAACAACUUUUCAGUCGGAAUCUCCACUUCUCCCUUCAUCCACACCUCGAACUUCGGCGCUUUCAUAUUCUUCGGCUGCGUUACCCUCAUUGCGGUCCUGUAUGUUUGGUUCUUCGUCCCCGAGACCAAUGGCCGUACACUGGAAGAGAUGGAUGAGCUUUUCGGCUCGACUGGUAUGGCGGUCGAAGACGCCGCACUCAAGGCUCGGAUUGAGCGCGAGAUUGGGCUCCUGGCUCUCCUGGGAGAGGAUGGUGAGCAUGGCCUUGAGGAGGAAGAGAAGGCUGCCGUUGGUGGGACAGUCAAUAAUGUCGAAGACGUGAAGACGGCAUGAAUGGCCACCGACGAUGGGAAGGUAAGAUGAACCAGUUACAAUAUAAAUUCUACAUACUAUACUAUAUACAGUUAUCAUGUAUAUUGGUUUGGAUUUUACGACUAGUCUUGCAGGACUGUGUAUCUUAGGAAUGAUAUGAAUAAUGUACCAAAGCCAAUCUAAUCACCCAAUUUUUUUCCAG